UACUCUAAUAAGAAUAACCUGUAGUUCAAACUGUUGGGAUGGAAAACGGCUUAGAGGGAGAUUCGAACCCCUACACUAAUAAUCUUUAAAAUUGCAAAACAGCAGAGCAAACCCACUAUGCCACAGCCAAUUCUAGAUUCCCAUGUGCACCCAAGCACUAUUUAGAAUUUUAAGGGGGCCAUGGCCCCUCCUAACAAAGAGUCGGCUCCGUCCCGGGUCUCUUGCGGGUCGUUUGUAAGUUAGGAUUGUUUUGGUGAGAAUGUUAUUAUGCUUGUAUUGUUUAGAAUGCAUUAUUUUUUUUUAAUUUGUUAGCAUGAACAAUAUAUGGAUUGUUUUUGUGAUGUGAUAGAAACUAUCACUCAAAAUGAGUGAUUGUUAUAUCUCAGUUUUGUUUUUUGAAAAUCGUCAUAUCUCAUAUUUUAGUUGUGAUUGUUGAGAUUGUUUUGUCUCACCUUUUAGCUGUUGUGGCAUACACAAUCAUACAUACCAAAUAUUGUAUUUUAGAAUGUAUCAAAUUCGACAAUACAUGUAUAAUAUUAUACAUGCAUUCACAACAAUACAUCUAUUUAACAAUCACAACUUUUAAACCACCCUUAGUUUGUUGAAUUUGUUUGUUACUUUAUUCUAUCUCUCAUAUUCCCAUAAUAUAGUGAAUAAUGACUCCGUGUGCUAACAAUUAAGUGAACAAUACGAGAUUGUGUGAAUAAUUAGUUUGUUGUGGAUGAUAAUUUUUUAUAGAAAAAAUCCCUUGCAUUAACAAGAACGAAAUAGUUACAUAAUGUCACCCUCCGCUAAAAUACAAGCACAAAACUCAAAACCUUCACGGUAUAUAGAAAACAAAGAAAUGAACUUUUUUUUGUGAUAAAAUAGAAUAUGUAAGGAAAUUAUAUAUAAAAAAAUCAACUACUUAACUGCUUCUUUGAUCAGAAUUACUAUUUAUAUGAAUGAAACGAUGAUAUGCCCAGAUAGUGGAUGUGGAGGAGGUGAUCUCAUAGCUAAUGGUAUAUGUGGAUUGAAUCAGUUGGACUAUAUUUCACGUUUUCAAUCAACCAAUCCAUGUUCCCCAAUUAAGUAACAAUGUUUUUUUAUCAAGUUAAAUUAUAAAAUCCUUCGAGUGAUCAUCGUCAUGUAAAUGAAAAGAAAGAUUUGAAAUCAAUUUAAAUUUUAGUAGCUAUUGGAUGUAUUAUUUAUUUAUUUUUUUGAAUUUGUUCGUCUGGUCUAAUUAGGGUUUAGAAAAAACAUAUGUACCUUAUUCCAACUCUUACGAUAUUCUCCUCUAAAACUAGUGAAAUCUACUCUCCCCUAUAUAUGAACGAACAUAGUUAACCAUUAGGUUUCUUCAUUUCUCUAUUGCCCCGUCCGAUGAAACAAAGUCAAAUAAGGCUGAAGAAAGCAGAGAAACAGAGCACCAACAAGUUAGAGCUAUGUGUCGGUUAGAGCUUUUUCUGAGAUUUACAUCAUCUGAAAGAACAGUUCAAACUUCAAAGACAAAGGAAAUGGAUUUUUUUUUUUUUUUUUGGGUAGGAGACCUUCCUUCCUUUCCUCCCGCGGGUUUUCACCAUUAUUACCAGUCACUCGGUCUCCUCCACGUGGUUUGGAAAAAAGAGGCACUCUGCUACUGUCACCACCACCACCACUGACCCCACUCCCCUCUGCCCUUUUUGGCCGUCUCUCGCGCUUUUCUAUGGAUUUUUCACCUAUAAAUGCUUCAUACGCUCGCCUUCCCAUCCCCAACUUCACAUUCAUUUGACAUUCUCCAACCACCGCUAACUCCUCCUCCUCUCCCUUCCUCUGCCACCGGCCGGCAUACUCAUUCACCGGGGAAACACACACAAAACCCACCAAUUUUGAUCAUCCUGCUUCAACACCCAGAUUUACAUUUCUCAACCUUCCCUCGCCAUACGGCUCUUCAGUUCCCUAAGGCUUUCUUUCCUCGGAUGGGAAUUCCCUUUUCCUGCUCAUUCGGGGAGUCCGACGAUGUCCAGAGCGCGUUGGAGUCAAUGGUGGUCAAAUCCAUCAGCUUCGGUGACGAUGGAGCAGCCAAGACACCUGUCCGCUCAGUGAGCUUUAAGAGGUCAGAUUUAGAGCCCACAGUUUCACGUUCUGCAUCUGGAGAGAUGGUGGUAGAGAGAUCUAUCAGCUUGAAAGGGGUCGAAUUCGAGAAAAUGAUGAACUCUAUCCAAGAGCAUGCCAAGUAUGAUCACAACGAUUCGCCUCGAAAGAUGCCCGUUUUCGAUCCGGCAAACCCUAAGCACCAGGCUGCUGUGAAGUUGCAGAAGGUUUACAAGAGCUUCAGGACCAGGAGAAAGCUUGCUGAUUGUGCCGUUCUUGUUGAGCAGAGCUGGUGGAAGCUUUUGGAUUUUGCUGAGCUCAAGCAUAGUUCCAUCUCAUUUUUCGACAUCGAGAAGCACGAGACCGCCAUUUCGAGGUGGUCCAGAGCUAGAACUCGAGCUGCUAAGGUUGGGAAAGGCUUGUUGAAGAAUGGCAAGGCUCAGAAGUUGGCUAUCCAGCAUUGGCUUGAAGCUAUUGAUCCAAGGCAUCGAUAUGGGCAUAACCUCCAUUUCUAUUAUGAUAGCUGGCUUCAUUCCAAGAGUAGAGAGCCCUUCUUUUACUGGCUGGACAUAGGUGAAGGAAAGGAAGUUAACCUGGUUGAGAAAUGCCCCCGGUGGAAGCUUCAACAGCAAUGCAUAAAGUAUCUUGGUCCAAUGGAAAGGCAGGCAUAUGAAGUAGUGGUUGAAGAUGGGAAGUUGAUUUACAAGCAAACUGGGGAAUUGCUCAACACAACUGGAGAUUCCAAGUGGAUAUUUGUUCUUAGUACAUCAAAGACAUUGUAUGUUGGUCAGAAGAAGAAGGGGACAUUUCAGCACUCUAGCUUCUUGGCUGGUGGAGUAGCAACUGCUGCUGGAAGGUUGAUUGCUGAGAAUGGCACACUAAAGACAGUUUGGCCUCACAGCGGUCACUAUAGGCCUACUGAGGAGAAUUUUCGAGACUUCCUUUCCUUCCUGAGAGAGAAUGAUGUUGAUCUGACAGAUGUUAAGACGAAUCCUGUGGACGAGGAAGAUGGCUUGCUUUCCAAGCAAAGAAGCAGUAAGCAUCUUAGAACCAACUCCGAAGACGAUGACUUAAUCGAAGCAGUCGAUGAGAAUUUGACUUCAGUAGUUAGCAACAAAGUAGAACAAGAGGUUUCAGUUUCAUCAGCAGCAGUGGAACAACAUCAGCACAAGGCAGGAGAGGGGCUUGGUAACUUGAACAAGAAGUUACCAAGUCUUGAGAUUCCAACAAGGGCUGAUUUGUUUGAUUGGAACGAUUCCAAAGAGGGAAAUGGUUAUGAAUCAUCAGAAGAAGAGAUUGCUGAGGAAGAAGUGGAGACCGUUCCUCGAGAAGCAAUCUUGGAAAGGAUCAAUUCGAAGAAGGGAACCAAGUCGUAUCAACUUGGAAGGCAACUGUCCUGCAAAUGGACGACCGGUGCAGGGCCGAGAAUCGGGUGUGUGAGGGACUACCCUUCAGAGCUCCAGUUUAGGGCACUGGAGCAAGUGAACUUGUCUCCAAGAAGCAGUCUUUCUAGCCAGAGAUUGUCCUUGCCAGCUGGGUUUUCCACGGAAGCAACAACAUUAGUGGUGGAGUCACCAUCCCGGUUCAGUCGAAGCUUUCCCUUCUUCUCAAAGACACAAUGCUCAUCGCCAUUGUCAAUCUCACAUGCAGAUGGAUGACUCUUCUUACAAUUAGAUAGUUCAACAUAUGGAUUUUAACUUUUUUUAAUUCCCAAUUGGUUCAUUCUUUUGUCUUUCCUUUUCUGUGAAUAUGGAAAAGAUGGUAUAGGAAUAUGGCUUCAUUAUUUUUUAUUUCUGAUACCAAAAAGCAAGUACCAUUGUAAAGGCAAGUUCUUUCUGCAAGGCCCUCAGUAGAAUACAAACACAAAAGGAACCCAUUUGUUCAUUUAUGAACACUUGUCUGUGUCGUUGAGGAAUGAGAGUAACUUAUUCUUCGAUAAAAGCUUGGGAGUGGGUCAACAAAUCUUGCAGGAAAUCUUCAACAGGAGCCAGUAUUGACUCUGUGUGUUUCGGUUCCUAAUGGAAGGGAGAGCAAAACCAAGUCAGGAAGCUUCAUACUGUAUUUGCACAAAAGGAAAAAUUGGAUUUCUGGUUAUAAAUUCCUGCCUGAUCCAUAUUGGUUAAUUCCCAAGUUCCCAAUCUUCUGUCUAUAUGUGAAUUGUGUACAUUUUAGAGCAGCCAUGCAAAACACAUCACUAAAAGUAUGAAAUCAGCCAAUCAGGCAGUGGGUUGGCCAUCAAUAAAUAAAUCUGUAUGGAUUAUGGAUAUGAACACUGGGGAUAGUUAUAAAGCCAUUGGGAAGGAGGAGCUUAGCUAGCUGGAAUUAUGGAAAGAGAGAGAGAUCUGCAGUAGCAGCAAAUCAAUGCAUGCACAUUUUGGAAGCCAGCCCAUUGCCAACCCAACCCAACCCUGCGUUUCUCGAUUGCCUGCCUGCCUGCCGGUGCUAAUAAAUAAACUAUACAGCAAAUGAAACCGUUGUUGUUGGCUUGUUGUUGUACGUGUUAAUUGAUAAGAAAGCAGAGCCUACUCGCAGCGAACAACUCUAUUCAUUUCUCUAGCUAGCUCGUUUCCUUUUGUCCUCUAUCGUCUGGUCCAGCUGGGUCAAAUGUGUUAUCCAAGAACCUUCCCCUCCACUCGAGGACUUACAUUAAUCACAUUAUACCAAUGUACGGAACACAACAAAGCUCCUUAUUCAACUACAGUUGUCGACUAAGUCAAUUUCUAACUCAACGGUCAAACAUUUGUAUCAAUCUGAGUUCAAUUUCUUAGCCCAAUACCACCAGGCUUAAUUAUAUCCAGCUGCAUGCUAUGCUACUACUUACUACUUAGCCCGACUUUAUUUUAUCUUUUCCUUCGUUCACCCUACCCUGCCCCAACCAGUUGGGCUAAGGGCCCAAUUUUCCACACCCAAAGAACAAUCCAAGCCCAUUCUAGCUUACCAAGUUGGUCAGCCCACCAAGUAUAAUCAUGUUCUCUCUGCAACUGCAACUGGUGUUUGACUAAAACAGUUGGAGGAGCUGAGUUCAAGUUAAUGUGAAGGAAGGGUUGCAUUAGAUUAGAUCAGAAGUGUUGUUCUAAAGAGCAGCGAGGACAUAUAGCAGAAGAAUCCAGCCAUUGAGAGAAGGGGCGAAGGUGGUGCAAGUAUAGCGGCCUCUGUAGGAUGGGGUCUCGUUGUUACUUGUUAGCUGCAAGUUUUUGGACUGUCGCUCCUCCGACCUUUUGAUUUGAGGAAGAAAGCUUGGUGAUAUACAUAUGGACUCAUUACUGCUCAAUCUACUAAUGUGACGUGAGAUGUUGAAGAGGGGUUCAAGUUUAUGUGUUUUAGGCCUGCAAAUGUAAUUAAUAUGGAUAUUGGUUAUCUUCCCUUUCUGGUGAAAAAUGAAAUGAAAUGAGCUGU